AUGAGGUACGUGACAUGCGCUCAGAGAAUAUGUGCAUCUCGUCUCACAUACUGCAGCAAACUCGAAUACACCAUGCCGCAUUCUCAGUACGGUAUGAACCAUUACGGGUCGUCGCAAUCAUCCUAUUCACCAGGCUACCCGCCGGUGAGUCAACACGCUUACUCGGAUUCUCGGUCUUCUACAUCGGGUCCCUACGCCUCAUCCUAUGCUUCCAGCCCCGGGCUUCAGCACGAGCAAGAUGCAAGAAGACACGAUGAGCACACCGUACUACCACCCUAUCAGCCCCAGCAUCCCUCUUACUCCCGGAGCACCUACCAGCAGCAGCAACCUCUGGAUUCUGUGCGUCCAAGCUCUACGACAGCAGGAUACUCGUACCCUGCGCCUCACAGCAAUCUACCCAGCCAGAAUCUGGACAGCAAUGCUUCUGCUUACCCACCGUCGGCGCUGUAUCCUCCAACUACGUACGGGAUAAACGACUAUCGCGUGUCACUCCCAACCAUGUACCCACCAUCAGCAACAACACCUGCUGCCUAUCCUACUUACGAAUCUUCGCAUGGUAUUCCACCGCCUUCGAACAGCAACGUGCCCGCACUCUCAUCGUCUCCGGGUACCCAAAACAACGCUGUGAUGCCGCGUGUUUUGAACUCACGACCAAAGCCGCAAUGCUUCGAUCACGGCUGCAAUGGACGGCAAUUCUCGACCUUCAGCAAUCUCCUUCGACACCAACGCGAGAAGUCAGGAACGGCAGCGAAGAGCUUUUGUCCAAAGUGUCAUGCAGAGUUUACGCGAACCACGGCGAUGAAGGGCCACAUGCAGCACGACAAGUGUAAAGCUCGCAGGCCAUCCGAGUCGACUAGCAUCCCGAGGACGUGA